CAUGCUUCUAGCUUCAAUUUUCUGGAGGUCGGCUCCACUCAUGGCUCAUGAUAGAUAGAAGCAAUGUAGAACCUCAGAACCGUUGGCUUCAAUACUAAUCAUUUUCCAUGCACACAUCAUAUGUUAUGGGUCAAUUUUGACCCAAGCCAAGAAUAUCCUCAGAAUAAUUGUCAAUAGAUGAUUAAGGAGAACAGAUCUUUUCAAAAUGUACAACUAAGCAGUCUGACAGUUAUUCACAUACACACUGCGCAGUGGACAUGCAUUGCCAGAAAAUGUGAGCAUGCUCAUGAGUGACCCUGCGUCCACAUUUAUCUCUCACUCCCUCUCUCUCACUCGUACACAUUACAAAUUCAGUGUUAUAAGCAGAUAAGCCAUUUAAAGUCAAUUAAACACAAGGCUUAGUUUUCAAAGAGUUGUAGGCGGCGCGUGUGGGCACUUUUCGAUACGCGACGGACCUUCCCAGCCGAUGCGCUAUGUUUCAGAUUGUAUUACAACUCAACAUGCCAGGCCCCAUAAACUGUCACACUCUUGAGUUGGCCGUUAUUAAACAGAACAAAAUGGCUGCCACAUGCUCCAGCUUGCCCUGAGAACCGUAACGAUGCACGCGCAACAGAAUGUGACAAAACUUUAGAGGACCGUGGCAUGCGUCUCAUAUUUGAGGUAAAUUUUAACUCUGGAAAGUCAUAAUAGACUGCAUAAUAUGACUCUUGUGCCAAGCAGAAGAUAUGGCCGGUCGUAGCAAACAAGUCUUGCAAGAUCCAAAAUUCAUUUUUAACAGAUGCUCCCGCUCCUUUUUUCUGUUUAAAAUGGCAUUAGUUCACAUGAAGCUAAUUAACUUAUAGCCUCUUGCGUGGAGUUAUUAUGUUUUUAUAUGGUCUGUGUGCAAUGCUAGGUCAUAAACUUUAAUGGCUUCUUGGAUGACCGUGAGAAUGAAAGGAGCCAUUAAUAUAAAUGAUUUAAAAACUGCACAUGGUGUACUUUCUUUGCUGCGUCCUCCAAUCAGCAAUUUUGGUAGGCUCGGGGUGUUUGCUUCACCAUAAAUUUGAUGUCUUUGUUAGCUACUCCAUACUGACUGUGAAAAUCUGUUUGACCACUCACUAAACAUGUGCAAAUACAAAAUCACUUUUUAACUACAUUUUUUUUUUUAAAUCAUAUUUUCGGGAGGCUACCUCAUUUGGCAACUUUGGGGCUAAAUAUAUUCGAAGCGGUCCUCAAUUAUGAUGAAAUGCAGCUCUACAUCAUUGCACAGUACAGUACAGCCAUAAGAAUAAAUAUGCUGUAUGCAAUUUCUGUAGAAAUGUGUGAAUGCUGAAUAGGUGAAGCCAAAUUGAAAUGUUCUAGAAUUUGUUGUUGAAAUGUUAACAGUGAGACUUGAAAUUGUUUGAAUCACUUGAGAAAUGUGGGAGGAGGAGUAGAUGUGUAAACUAAUUAAUUCCUCAAUUUUAAUAAUUGUCACUGUGGAAAAUUGGGACCUUUGGAGAUGUGAUUAACAGCUCCCAAGAUCUUCUGAAUGAGCUGAAUAGAUUGAUGUUGAAAUGGUUGGUUUGAACGGGCAGAGAAAAUGUUUAAGGAAGAGAUGAAUAUGAUCAAGAUCAAUUUAUUUUGGAAUCCUAUUGUUAUAAUUUGGGGAUUUAGGAAAUGUGAUAAAAAGUUCCAGAUGUGAUGAAUGAGCUGGAAUGGUUUAGGUUGGUCAAGAAAUGUGGAAGGAGAAGGUUAAUGUGUAAAUAUCUUAGAUUUGGAUAGUUCAUUAUGAAAACUGGGGAGGAUGCAGGACGCACAUUCAUGGAAAUAGUUCCCAAGAUGUUCAAAAUGAGCUGAACACUUGGAAUUUGGAAUGGGACAUAGUUAACUUAUUUGUUGAACGUCUCAUUUACUUAGAUUGUUUUUUUUUUUGUGUGUGUGCUUGGAAAAUGUGUACUUUUGGGGAAAGUGCUGAAAGUAAUUCCUUACACAUCCUGAAUUUUGUGACAUUUGAAGUUCAGUUUAAAUCCAUUGAAAAAUGUGAAAGGAGAAACACUGGGGAUUACAAUAAAACACUUUUUUUUUUGUGUGUGCAUAAUAACAUAUUGUCAAGUCUGUCAGUGUUAUUCAAGACUAAGCAUUUUUAUCUUUAUAAAGGCAGAAUGUGCUGCAUCACGGGGUUGUGCAGAUAAUGCCUUUAAUGACCUUGUGGCCAGUUAGUGUGCAAUCUCAUGAUAUAGACAUCUGACAGCCACGUUAUAUACGGUACCGCAGUGCAACUAACAGGAGCCUAACAAUUGACUAAUUAUCUAAUGUAGCCCUGCAAGCUUUGAUGCAGCUGAAGGUGUUUGCAGGCAGGACAAGGGUUGGACAUUACCUCACUCACAAUGCUUUCUUUGGGGGGGCGGGGGAGAGAAACGAGCGGGUAAUUAGCUGAUUAGAGGCCCGUCAGAGCCAAUCCCGGGUCGGCCCCCACCCAGGCCUGCAGGGCUGGAUGGACGGAUUGACGGACGGAUGGAGACAGAGAAGGAGCCGAAGAGAGGGAGGGAGGUAGGAAAGGAACUGUGUUGACUGGGAAAUUUAGGUUGAAGACGGACACUAUCCCAUUCGGCUCACUUAUAAACUCAAUCUGCAAGACGGCAGAGGGAACAGAGUGAUCUGCGGGCAGGAAUUACUUCAACGUGACAUAUGCGUUCGUUAAAUUGCCUUGAUAGGAGGUGAAAGCGCUCUGCAGGUGUGCACCCGCUAAAUUUAUCGACUUCUUUCCAACUCCUCAUGGAGAAAUCGAAAAACUUUCGCAUCGACGCCCUGCUCGCGGACGAGCCCAACCGGGCCAGCCGAGACGUGUCCCCGGGCCUGAGCUGCGACAGUCCGACUGGGAGCCCCGUGGCCUGCCGCCGCGGGGACACGCCGUCCCCUCGGGCCGCCGCGCAGCUCCACGCGUCGGGAAUGAUCCCCAAAGCAAGCGUUCUCAAUCUCGCGCACGCGGGACUGGCGUCCAUGCCCCAGGCUGCCAUCCCGGGCAUUUACCCAGCACCCAUGUACCCGUUGUCGGCUCUGGGUGGCCAGCACCCUGCCUUCGCUUACGGCGGCUUUACGCAGCUGACUCACGCCUACCCGGAACACCUGAAGGCGGCCGCGGCCAUGGCGGGCUCGGUGCCACUGGAGCACUGGAUCCGGGCGGGGAUUAUGAUGCCAAGACUGCCAGAUUACAGCGCAGGCCCCCAGUCUGGUCUGCUCGGAAAGUGCCGAAGGCCUCGCACGGCCUUCACCAGUCAGCAGCUGCUGGAGCUGGAGAACCAGUUCAAACUCAACAAGUACCUGUCCAGGCCCAAACGUUUUGAAGUGGCCACCUCUCUUAUGUUGACAGAAACGCAGGUCAAGAUCUGGUUCCAAAACCGGAGAAUGAAGUGGAAGCGGAGUCGGAAGGCCAAGGAGCAGGCCAGUGCUUCUGGCCCGUCUGAAGCUGGUGGAAAAACAUCCAGUAACAAACCCGGCGAGAAAAGGCCUCAGCAUGCGAAUCCAGAGGACUGUGGUGUGGAUCUACUUUUGGAGGAUGGUGAUGAAGAAGAGGAGGAGGAAGAGGAGGAGGAGGAGGAGGAAGAAGAGGAAGAACCCCAGCACGGUUUUUCAGUGGUUAUGGGGAACCGAGUUGGGAUGCCGAGAUCCAUGGACUUCAUGCGGCGCAGCGCGGAUGUGGGCUUCACCCCUCACAGCCCUUUCACUGAAGACGAACUAGAUGGAGUGCAAGCAGGGGGAGGAGGAGGAGACAGGAAGAUGGUUGCGGGACUGUGAGAAGACUGGACAUUUGAUGUCAGGGACACUCAUUUGAAGGCAGAGGCCACAAUUGUGAACAACCAGAACAUUUGUUGUUAAUUUUUCAUGCUCACAUAUCAUACAAUAUCCUCUUAAUAAUUGUCUGGAUGAAAGUAGGACCUCCAGAUCUUUUCAAACUAUCGGUAUAGUAAUAGCCACUCUAGUAUUAAUGAAUGGAUGAGUAAUCCUUUAAAAAAACAGUUUCAGAGAAA